GAUUGUUUAAUAAAGAGAAAAUGAAUGAAAAGAAAGACACUGAUUUGAUGGAAAGUGGAGAAUAUGAAGAUGACUUUGAAAAGGAUCUUGAAUGGUUAAUUAACGAAGAAGAAAAAAGCCAUGUCAGCAGUGUUGAGAUAUGUAGUGAAAAGGAAGAAAUUACUAAUGAAGAACUGAAAGAGAAUGAAAAAGGAGGCGAGGACACAAAACAGCUUCCUGAUCCUGAGAAGUUAUCAAAGGAGGAACUGUCACCAAGACGAAAUAACUUCAUUUCAGUACCUAGCAUUCAACCUUUGGAUCCUGUAUCUGAUUCAGAUAGUGAAAACUCAUUCCAAGAAAACAAGAUAGAAACCCAAAAGGAUCUGGAUGAGGAUGAGGAUGAAGAAGUAAAACGAUACAUUAUGGAAAAGAUUGUAACAGCCAACAAGAUUUUGGAGACUCAAGAACCUGUCAAUGAAAAGAGAGAAAGAAAACUUAAAUUCAAGGAAAAGUUAGUAGAUCUGGAAGUCCCACCACUGGAAGACACAGAAACCUAUAGAAAUGAUUAUGAAAACGAGAGAGAUGUGUCUGGGAAACUGUCACAGCUACGUAUUUCUGGCGAACUUAGACCAGAGAAUGUGCUCCUUUCACUGUCUAAUGGCAAUAGUGAAGAAUAUAAGGAUGGAAAGAUACUAGUAGAGAGAGAUGGGAAGUUUGAGCUUCUGAGUUUACAAGACAUUGAGAGCCAGGGUUUUUUGCCCCCCAUUAAUGUUAACAUUACUGAGAUUGAAAACCAGCAGUUAUCACCUCGAUCUUCCAAUUCAACUACCAAUGGGAUGAUAGGGAUUAAAAAGGAAGACCUAGUUAAGUCACAUGUUAUCGCUCACACAUCAACAGGGGAGCCAGUGGUUUAUUUUCCACAACCACCACCCAAUCCCAAAUACCGGCCAAGCUCCGCAGUUAACACACGAAGAAGCAAAGGGAAUGGGAAAUCUAGCCGCAGAGUACAAUCUGCGAACAUAUCACCAAUAAACUCAACGUACUGUCUUUCACCUCGACAGAAAGAGCGGCAAAAACAAAUUGAAAUGAGGAAAGAAAAAAUAAAGAGAGAGGAAGAACAACGGAAAAGAGAAGAGGAGAAAGAGAAGAAAAAAGAGAAUGAAAUGGUGUUUAGAGCCUGGUUGCAAAAGAAAAAAGAGCACUUUAUGGAAAUGAGGAGAAUUCAGAGGGCAAAGGAAAUGGAAGACAUGAAUAGCAGACAAGAAAACAGAGAUCCCCAGCAAGCUUUUAGACUAUGGCUUAAAAAAAAGCAUGAAGAACAGAUUAAAGAGAGACAGAUUGAAGAACUGAGGCGACAAGAAGAAUGUCUUUUUUUUCUUAGAGGGGCAGAAGGCCGCGACAGGGCAUUUAAACAAUGGCUAAAAAGAAAACGAAUAGAGAAGCUGGCAGAGCAACAAGCUGCCAAAGAGAGAGCCAGGCAGCUGCGUGUUGAAGCUCGGCGAUCAAAACAGCUACAGAACCUCCUGUACAACAUUUCAGAAAGCAAGCCCUUUCGUUUCACUGAUCAUUACAGUUGAAGGUUCCUGUUUGCACUGGAUUCUUAAAUCGAUAGCCAGGGUUCCCUCACAGCGGUGGAUUCUCAUUCCUUGUUGUGGUCUGUGUGCUUUGGUCCUAUCCCAAAUGAUGGAAAAAUAUACUCAUCCUUCGGUGACAGUGAAUUUAUCUAUUUUUAAAAAAUCCUAGAACUGA